AUGGAGAUGUCAAUAACGUCCCGGUCCCGUGACUCUGGAGCCCCGCGCUCGCUCUCUCGCCUGCUGCCCCGCUAUAAAGCAGCCUCAUUAAUCACGCCUUACGUUCGAGGAGAGUUCACAGUGACAACUGAAAUUCAGGAGCAGUGGCCUGUCUUGUUUACUCGGAAAGGUCUUUCGAACCACCUUUCCAAACUCGCAGGCAUCGAUAUCAGUGAGCGCUUAGGUCAGGCCCUCAUAACCAAAGGCAGAAGGAUUGUUAACUAUUUCUCCAGCCAGAAGCUCAAAUGGAAGCUUGGUAUAAGGACACUCAUCCAGCAGAUAGAAAGUGAGGGAGUUUUGACCGACAACAAGGUUGGCACAGCAGCCACACUUCUCAUGAUGAAGUAUUACAAGGAAGAUGAAGACUCCCUCUUUGUCUUAGCAGAUGAAACACCUACCAGGAUGUCCCUUGAAGCAGAGAACAACCUGCCAAGCACUCCAAGGCUGAUUAUGCUUGGACAAAGUUCAAUGACCGCCACCUGCUGGAUGGUGAGUGCAGAGGGGCGUGUAAUUGUUGAGCUGGACAAAGAGAACACCUGUGCUGAUGCGAUGUCAGUCUUCUUUGGUUCAUUCUAUGUAUUGAACCUGGAAUACCAGGAGUCAACAUUGGAACUAAUUCAGAGAUGA